UACAGCUGGGUUACAAACAGUCGGCAGUGGUUGGAGAACGAGUGGAGCUGAGCACCAGCGUUCUUCCUCUUUUCCUUUUUUAGCAAGUGAAAUUCAUUCACAGUCCAAACUGCUUGGUCAGAUUGAGUCUUUGUUAUAACAUUCCAGAUUCAUCUGAGAGCGCAUCUCAUGUGCACCAGAAAUUCCAGCUUUUACUAACUCAACGCGUUCCACCCACUUAUCAUCAAAUCAAAAAGAGCAGUCGUGCGUGAAAACCUUCAAAACAAAUUCUUAGUGGCUCCUUUAGUAUCUCAGAAAAAGGGUACUCCAGAGUGCUUUGCCAGCUGGUGCGGCAAGGAGGAUAAGCCAGAGGACAGAAUGAGUUUGUUGAAUGUGUUGGUGGUUGUGGGGAUAGUUUCCUCCAUAGCUGUUGUGAGAGCUGCUCCGGCAUUCGUAUUAGCUCCCCAAGCGCCAGUGGACCAAGAGGACGAUGUUUUGGACCGGGAGGAAAGAGCAGCAGGCUCCGGAGGUGGCGGGUCAGGAAACUAUGAUUACGGCACCUUGAGUGAUGACGAAGAUUACUACACAGGAGGAGUUACGCCAACACGCGUCCGUAAACCCGAGAUUCGUCACUUCCACGUCGAUGCCUCUAUUACAGCCCGGUUUGCCAAUACAUUAGUGAACAGCAUGCUGGUCAACACGGAGGAGUAUGCACAGGAGGCCACAUUCUCCAUCGUUCUGCCCGAUCAGGCCUUCAUCAGUAAAUUUGUAAUGGUGAUCGACAAUGUUCCAUACGAGGCCGAAGUGAAGGAGAAAGAGCAAGCGCAGAAGGAAUAUAACGCUGCAAAAGAACGAGGUGACACUGCUGGACAAGUCAAACAACAUGUGACCAGGCCUAACACGUUCCGUGUUGCUGUAAAUGUGGCUGCGUACUCCACCGUAACCUUUGACCUCGUCUACCAGGAGUUGCUCAGAAGACGUUACGGUAUCAUAGAGUACAGCAUCAACAUCGACCCUGGGCAGAUUAUCGGAAGCAUGAAGGUGGAUAUUCGAAUCACGGAACCCCAGGGUCUACAGGAACUCGACGCCAUGUGGUCGUCAACAGGCCAAGGCAGUAGCUCCAUCAAUGCGGCUACCCCCUCCUCCCUUCAGGAUGUUGUGUUUCUGGACAAGAUCUCACAGUCCAGGGCUCACAUCAAAUUCCACCCGUCAAAAGAUCAACAGAAGAUGGAACGCACUGAUGGGCUCGUUGGUAACCUAGUGGUGCAUUAUGAUGUCCUCCACGAUCUGAGCGCCGGGAACCUGCAGGUUAUGAACGGGUAUUUUGUGCACUAUUUCUCGCCUGAGGGACUUGCCCCUGCCCAUAAGAACGUGGUGUUCGUGAUUGAUGUGAGCGGUUCGAUGUCCGGCUCUAAGAUUCAGCAGACGAAAGAAGCAAUGGAGACAAUCCUUGCUGACAUCAGAGAAGGCGACAGGUUGAACAUUGUCACAUUCACAGAUGACAUUCGGACCUGGAAGGCUGGGGAGAUGGUGGACUGUACACCGAAUAACAUUAAAGAUGCCCUUGAUUUUGUGGAUGGCUUGCGGGCGCUCUAUGGUACAAAUCUACACGCUGGUGUCAUGGCCGGCGUGUCCCUCCUCGAGACAUCUGAACUGGCUGAUAUACAAGACGAACGAGAUGCUUUCUCAAUGGUCAUUAUGCUAACAGAUGGCCUCCCGUCAACUGGAACCACUAAUCUGUUGCAGAUACGAAAUGAGGUGGCCGCGCGAAUCAACGGCAAGUUUGCCCUCUUCUGCCUAGGCUUCGGGAAUAAUGUAGACCAGAAAUUCUUGGAGCAGUUAGCCACCGAGAAUCAAGGCGUGGGACGUAAGAUAUACGAAGACAGCAGUGCCGCCAUCCAGCUCAAGGGUUUCUACGAUGAGGUUGCCACACCGCUCCUCUUCAACAUCAACAUUAAGUACAACCAUAUCAACGUAGACGCCACUACGCAGACCACGUUUCUAAGCUACUUCGAGGGGACUGAGAUCAUUGUGGCCGGCCAGCUGCCCAUUGAGAACGAGCUUACAGUGCAAGGAAACGGCAUGACGGAGUUGGUGGCCACGGUUUCUGCGAACUCCAUUGAUUCUUUCCUCGAGCUGCAGACAUCGGUUAAUACACAGACACCAUCUGCAGCCGUUCUGAGCCGGCACGCGGUAGAUGACUUCUGCCAGCGCCUAUGGGCUUACAUGACUAUCAAGUCACUAUUGGAAGAUAGAACUAUCGCAAGAAGUAGGGAGGAGAGGGACGCACUGAAGGCCAGGGCACUUGAACUUUCACUGACGUACCAUUUCGUGACACCAUUGACGUCACUGCUGGUGGUGAGACCUGAGGACACAGAGGACGAGGUUGCACCACCGAUUGGUGUAAAUGAUGCGGGGAACGAGGGAACCAACGAGGACGUCGAACAAGAUGAUGUUAUGACGAGUUCCAGCGCGGUGCACAACAGACGCCCCGCACCUGCUGCCACUUCACCUAGAGGUGGUAGUGCUAGCAGAGGAGGGAGCGCAGGGAGAGGAGGAGGAGGAGGAGGGGGCGGAGGAGGGGGCGGAGGAUUCGCGGACAGUGAUCCCCACUUUGUAGUUCACGUUCCAGCCAGUGACGUCAGUGUCUGCUUCGAUAUUACUGGCCAGCCAGGGGAAGUUUAUAAUCUGCUGACGGACGAGGAGCUGGGUCUCAAGGUCAUGGGAUUUAUCGUCGCUGCUCCCGAGCAGGUUCCAGGAACUGCCCGUAUACGAACCUACUUUGGUAGGAUAGGGGUCCGUCUACCGGGUGGGAAUACCGUCAGGAUCACCACAGAUGCCGUGACUGUCAACAAUAACAUGGUGAUGUCUUGGACAAACAGCGUUGCAGUUUACAAAGGUAACUGGACCGUUGAGGUCUUUGGCAAACAGGUGAUGAUUUAUAAAAGUGAUGGCAGUGUAAACCUGGUGUUUAUGUUACACCGUAUGAAUCCAAACAACGCCUACAAAGUAGAUCAUCUUGGAUUCUACAUCAGGGAUCACGAAGGGCUGACCAAGGGCGUCCAUGGUCUCAUAGGGCAAUUUCAGCGCAGAAAAGUACAAAUGGUACCCUUCAGCCCGUCGGAUGGUGGCGCCCUACUCGGUGAACUCCACGUGAUGGACAGAACGGUGAAAGUGGUCCAAAGGUCUCGACUGAACUCCUUGGUUGGGGAGAAGCAGCCGUGUUGGUUUGCUGCUAACAAUGCCAACGAUCUGAUCGACGGGAAACAUACAGACUAUUUAGUACCACUAGAGACUCUGCCGUAAUGAUCGUGUGGUGUUGAGUUUUAUCUUAUUUUUUUUUAUUGAUACUUUGCAUCGUUACUAAUGUUGCUUCAAACACUGGCAACCAGAUGUAUAGUUGAGGGCAUUGAAUCUACAAGUUAUAGUGAACUUUGGGUUAAGUCAUUGUGAUCCACUUAUCGCCGACAAUGAAGAUUGUAAUUAGUAAACAUUUUAUGAAGUAUGUUUUUAUACCCACAGAAAGUGCCUUUUAUAUACAACAUUUUAUAUGUGACUGAUUAUAUUUUAGUCAUCAAAGAUAACGAUGAGCAGUAAUGGAGGAGGGACUCACAAUUGGUGCCGUUAUUUGCACCAAACAUAACAAAAUGGCGGCCGUUCAGAAUGUCUUGCGUUGUUUCUAUGAGACCCAAAUGUCUCUGCUCAGCGUUUGAGUUCCUUGGGUUUAUA